ACAAGUAAGAAUUUCUAAAAUGUGUGCGUGCGGGUGAGUGUAUGAAUGAUAGUGAAAGACAGUAGUGCCCGUAGGCGACCCUUGCAACACUAGUCCGCCGGACCCUGGUCUACAGUAUUUACAUGUCAUCAUGACAAGUCCUCUGUCUGAAGAAAGAAACAUUGGAUUUCAAGUCUUCCUUGUUAACUUCUCAAGUUCCAUAUGAAGAGCAAAAUUCGGACGACUACGUGUGUCCUCCUAUUUCUAUUCACAAGUCUUGGAGUAUGCUCAGGAGGAUUUGGGAAUCCUGUAACAGAUGAUGUGAGCAGGCUGAUCUUAUUGAAACACAAUAUUCCAAAGGAUUAUAACAUUUCUAUACAUUAUAUUCCCAAAGAGCGGAGUGGUGUGUGCUGCGUUCUAUUGAAUAUCUAUCCACUGGAACAAAGCCUCAGGGAACUGGCCCAGGUGUUUGGUGCCAUUUCUUCCAACAAAGAUAAUAUUAUGAUCUUCAUCACCAUGCUGCAAAAUCUACGUUUCCAAUUUGAUCAUGAGGAGCUGGAGGCAACAAUGCAAGUCUUUAAAUGCCACUAUAAGGCGGUCAAAUGGCCGUCUGGGCAGUAUUUUGACUAUAUCAGAGACAUUUUGAAUUCUGCAGCUCAGGGAGAAGGAGGAUUCCGCUGUGUGCCUCCACUCUGCCCUGCCCCUACUACACCAGGAAGUGAAGCACAGGACCAUGAACAGACUCGGUCAAGGGGGAGUCUGCUGUCCCUGCUUCUGAUCCCAGUCACAUCCUGCGUGUUCCUCAUUGUGUGGGUGGUAAGUUAACAAUGUGAAUGGCUUGCUCAGGCUGUAUGACAGUG